UUGAGUUCAUUAAGUGAGUAUGGGGAUGAGGUGUAUCAGGCUGCUGCAUUCAUACAAGGUUGCUGUGGAGUUCUUGGUAACCUUGUUUUUGUUGCUUUUGAGGUUUGAUGGUUGCCAAGCAUCUUCGUCUUCAUCACCAACAACAACAACACACCGGUGUGUGGAGGAAGAGAGGAGAGCUCUCUUACAGCUCAGGGACUCUUUCAACUUUCCAAAUGGACAUGCUCUUUCUUAUUGGGUUGGAGAUGAUUGUUGCAAAUGGAAGGGUGUGGAAUGUGACUUAUUUUCUUCAACAUCUCGAGUCAUCUCUAUAGAUAUCUCAUAUGAAAGGCAAUCAGAACAAGGGACAUGGUACCCAAAUGCCACCUUGUUUACAGAGUUCAAACAACUACAGACCCUAGAUUUAUCUGGCAACAAAAUCAGCGGUUGGAUUAAUGUACAAGCUUUAUGUCAACUGCACAAUCUCAAGGAGCUGUGGGUGGGUGGGAACAAUCUUGGCGAUGAUGGACUCCCCUGGUGUUUAGGGCGUUCUCUCCCCUUCUUGGAAGAAGUAUCGUUGUGGGGAAAUAAUCGUGGUCCUUCAGGGAUAUUUUAG